AUGAAGGCCAUCAGGCUUGAGCGCGACUCGCCCGACACGCCUCCAACGGUGAGCCUGGCCACAGUCCCCAAGCCAAAGCUCAUCCCCAACCACGUCAUCGUCAAAGUCCGGGCUUCAGCAAUCCACCCCAGCGACCAGAUGAAUGCGCGCGGCGGAUUCCCCUACACCACAUUCCCCAGAAUCGCAGGACGUGACUGGGCCGGUGUCGUGGUGGAGGGCAAGCCUGAGCUCGUUGGACUUGAGGUAUUUGGCACCAGCGGGAAUACACACGCCUUCACCACCGAUGGCUUCCAGGCCGAGUACACCCUCGUGCACGAAGAUGCAUUGGCGCAGAAGCCAAAGAAUCUCAGCUUUGUGCAGGCGGCGACUGUCGGCGUCCCCUACACGACGGCGAGCAUCGAGAUUGAGAAGGCGGGCAUCAAGAAAACCGACACGGUCCUCGUCAUCGGAUCUUCGGGAGCGGUUGGCUCGGCGGUCGUGCAGCUGGCCAAGGACACGGGAGCCCGAGUGCUGGAGGCUUCUCGCCAGAACAACACUGAUGUCAACACUGCGACUGACCCCGAGCUCAAGGUCCUGGAUGAGCUGACCGGCGGAAAGGGAGUGGAUGUAAUUAUCGACACGGUCGGAUCACCAGCUCUCGUGACCAGCGCUCUGGCGAAAUUGGCACUCGAUGGCCGAUUUGUUUUCAUCUCGGCCCCCAAGACUGGCUCAACUGAGAUCACCAUCGACUUACGCUACUUUUACAGAAAGGACCUCAGCCUCUAUGGCGUGAACUCACUCAACGCGACAACGGCGGAAAUGGCGAAGAGAUUGGAUGGGAUGCGCGGGUUUUUCGACUCGGAGUUUUUCCAGGGACGGAGCAAUUGGAAGACUGUGCCUUUAUCUGAGGCUGGGAAGGUGUAUGAUAACAUUAUCAAGAACGGCGAUACAGGAAAGUACGUCGUGGUUAUGGAAUGA